AUGAGCUCGUCGGUGCCUGGGGCGAGCGCGGGAGGAAGCGGCGCUGGCGGAGCCGGCGGCAGCAGCGGCGCAGGGGCAGGAGGAGGAGGGCCGUGCGGUGGCGGCAGCGGCGGCGGUAGCGGAGGGCCGUGCGGGGCGUGCAAGUUCCUGCGGCGCAAGUGCGUGAGCGGAUGCAUCUUCGCACCCUACUUCGACUCGGAGCAAGGCGCGGGGCACUUCGCGGCGGUGCACAAGGUGUUCGGCGCCAGCAACGUGUCCAAGCUGCUGCUCCAGAUCCCGCCCCACAAGCGCCUGGACGCCGUCGUCACCGUCUGCUACGAGGCCCAGGCGCGCCUCCGCGACCCCAUCUACGGCUGCGUCUCCCACAUCUUCUCCCUCCAGCAACAGGUGGUGAACCUCCAGGCCGAGCUCACCUACCUGCAAGGCCACCUGACCACGAUGGAGCUCCCAACACCACCACCAUUCUCCGGGCAGCCCCAGAUGCCAAUGACCGCCGCCUUCUCCUCCGUCUCCAACCUGCCAUCGUCAUCCAGCGUCCCAGCUUCCGUCGACUUGUCAACCCUCUUCGACUCGCAGACGCAGUCCCAGCAGUGGGCCUUCCAGUUCCAGCAGCAACAAAUCCUGCAGCAGCAGCAGCUGCUUCAACAACAGCAGUACCUCCAGAUGGGAGAGGGCUCUAGAAGGGGCGCCAGUGGCAGCGGCACCGUGGACGGCGGUGACCUGCAAGCGCUGGCGAUGGAGCUCCUGGACCGGCGUCAGAGGGUGGCUGUGUGCUCGCCGCCCAAGCCGCCGACACCGGCCACACAGUGA